CUUAUUGGGCUUUUAUCGAACCUAAGCCCUUUUAUAUUUACAACCAAAAAAAAGAAAGAAAGACAAUAAAUAGUUAAAUCGAGUUUAACGAAAGAUUCAGAUCCUUUCCUUCUCCACCGGAUCUCGAAAUCGUAGAAUCAGCCAAAACGAUGGCCGCCGACGGGAUAUUUCGCAGCAUCUUCGAAGGUUGUAUCUCUGGCCUUGAUUCCGCAAUCGAGCGGCGUCCUUACCACAAAAACUGCGGAUGUGCGCUCCACGAUAAAUCAAGCGGCGUUGGAAAAAAUCAAAACCAGCGACGGCCGCCGUCUUGUCGCCGCCACGGAAGCUCAGAGAGCAUCUCCUUCCCGAUCCGAAGGUCUUGGAGCGAAGGCAACAUCAUGGCUCUGAAUCUCUUCCCCUCGUCGUCGUCUUCGUCUAAUCUCCAAUCGCUUUCGUCGUCCUCUUCUCUGUCAAAUCUGGCGUCCGAAUUACCGGCGGAUGAAGCUUCUACGGAGGUCCCGAGCAGAUCGAAUCAACAGCUGGGAUGGACGAUUGAUGAUUGAUGAUUGAUGAUGAUGAUGAUCAAUUCAAUUCCAGGUUAUUUGUUAACUUUUUUGGCUAAUAUCCGU